UGGCGCGUGAAAUCAUUCACUCUCAUAGAAGCCAACUUGGAAGUGAUCGUGUCGUAUACUAUUUGUGAAAAUUCGUCAUGUCUGGUCGCGGGAAAGGCGGUAAAGUCAAGGGAAAGGCGAAGAGCCGAUCAAGCCGCGCCGGUCUCCAAUUUCCAGUCGGUAGAGUUCAUCGAUUUCUGCGAAAAGGAAACUACGCAGAGAGAGUCGGUGCUGGUGCCCCUGUUUACCUCGCAGCUGUCUUGGAAUAUUUAGCUGCUGAAAUUCUGGAGUUGGCUGGAAAUGCUGCCCGUGACAAUAAAAAGACUAGAAUCAUACCUCGUCAUCUGCAGUUGGCCGUGAGAAACGACGAAGAAUUAAACAAGCUGAUGUCAGGCGUUACCAUCGCACAAGGCGGAGUACUACCCAACAUCCAAGCUGUAUUACUUCCCAAGAAAUCCGGCAUGGGUGGAAAAGGAGGAAAGAAAUCGUCACAAAGCCAGGAAUACUGAGUAUAAAAACCUACAUCGAUGUGUGCGUGUUUCUGUGAUAUUUUAACUCUAUGUGAUGCCGUAUCCUGAAAUUUAGCUGCCUCGUUGAACUAUUGACUUUAAGACGUUCGUUUUCCCAUUCAUUGAGAAGUCGGCCAUUUUGUUUUUGACCUCAAGCAUUAGCAUCUUCAUUUAAGUUCGAAUGAAUCGUGAUAUGUUUACAUCGCUACUUUGUCAUUCAGUUUUCAUAGAUUAUAUAACAGUGUUUUUGUUUCGUAUUUUUUUUGGCGCCAAUUUGAGCCAUUCAGCUUGAACUUAAUUAAGUCUUGACCUUUGACACUCAGUUACUGUAUCACUGGAUUUUGAUUUGAUUAAUUUCUUCUAAACUGUGGAUAGUUUUGAACAGAUAAUCAUGACUUUGUGAUUGAUAAUAAACCCAAAUCUUUACACCAA